AUGGCGUCCACACAGCUCGACCUCGACGUGCUCAUCGUCGGCGCGGGCAUCUCGGGCAUCAACGCCGCGUACCGUCUCCAGACCGACGGCCCAGCCAAUAGCCGGUACGCCAUCUUCGAGGCGCGCCACGACCUCGGCGGCACCUGGGACUUUUUCCGCUACCCGGGCAUCCGCUCCGACUCGGACAUUUACACCUUUGGCUUCUCGUGGAAGCCGUGGCACAAGCCCGAGACGGUCGCGCAGGGCGCCGACAUCAAGAGCUACAUGACCGAGGCCGUGCGCGAGACGGGCAUCGACACGCACAUCCGCUACCACCACCGCGUCGUCGCCGCCGACUGGCACUCCAAGGACCAGUGCUGGGAGGUCCGCUACGAGGUCGGCGACGGCGCCGCCGCCGCCGCCACCACCCAGACGCUCCGCACCCGCUUCAUCCUCCUCGGCACCGGCUACUACGACUACGACACCCCCAUGAAGGCCGCCAUCCCGGGCAUCGACAACUUUGCCGGCAAGGUCAUCCACCCGCAGUUCUGGCCCGAGGACUACGACUACACGGACAAGCACAUGGUCGUCAUUGGCAGCGGCGCGACCGCCAUCACCGUCGUGCCCGCCGUGUCCGCCCGCGUGCAGCACGUCACCAUGCUGCAGCGCAGCCCGACGUACAUCAUGCCCAUCCCGAAGCAGUCGCUCGCUGCGCGCUUCCUCUUCGCGCUGCUGCCGCGCUUCCUGGCCCACCGCCUGAACCGCUCGCUCUGGAUCGCGCAGAGCUACGUCAUGAUUUACUUUUGCCGCCUGUUCCCCAACGUCGCGCGCGCCCUCAUCCGCAGCGUCAACCGCCGGCUGCUGCCCAAGUCCGUGUCCAUUGACCCGCACUUUUCGCCCGCGUACAAGCCGUGGCAGCAGCGGCUGUGCGCGUCCAUGGACGGCGACAUCUUUGCCGCCAUCCGCUGCGGCAAGGCGAGCAUCGUCACCGACCACAUCGAGACCGUCACCGCCACGUCCAUCAAGCUCAAGUCGGGCGCCGAGCUGCACCCGGACGUCAUUGUCACGGCCACGGGGCUCGGCCUGCGCUUCGCCGGCGGCAUGCAGAUUUCGAUUGACGGCGCGCCGUUUGACGUGACGCAAAAGUUCAUCUACCGCGCCAGCAUGCUCCAGGACCUGCCCAACCUCGUCUACGUCGUCGGCUACGAGAACGCCUCGUGGACGCUCGGCGCCGACUGCGCCGCAAAGGUGCUCGUCCGCGUCGUCAACGAGCUCAAGGCCGGCGGCAACACCUCGGCCACCCCGCGCCUCGCUAACCCCGACGCGAUGCAGGUCAGGCCCCUGCUCAACCUCGGCUCCACGUACCUCCAAAAGGCCAACACCGUCUUCCCCAAGGGCGGCACCGGUGCCUGGGCACCGCGCAGCACGUACCUGGCUGACCUGUACAAGGCCACCUAUGGCGAUCUCAAGUCGGAAAUGGAGAUUGUAUGA